AUGGCAACAAUAACCUCUGCCGCACCUUACCUUUCGUUAUUGGUUGACUCGAAUCCCCAGUUGAAGACCUAUGCUUUAGAAUCCUUAAAUACUGUGGCCGACGAGCUCUGGGCAGAGAUCGCCAACUAUAUCACUGAGAUUGAGGAAUUAUAUGAAGAUCACAGUUUUGCUAGGCGUCAACUGGCUGCUCUUUUAGCUUCCAAAGUCUAUUAUAACUUGGGGGAUUAUGAGGCUGCCGUUAAGUACGCUUUGCUUGCUGGCUCUGAAUUGGAUUUAUCCAAGAAGAGCGAGUACGUGGAAACCAUCGUGUCUCAGUGCAUAGAACAGUAUAUUCAUCUAUCGCAAACGAGAUUUUCUGAGAAGUCUGUUUUGAUUGAACCUCAACUUGCCUCAAUUUUUGAGCAGAUGGUCUCCAAAUGUGUCGUCGAUGGAGACCCUCGUCUAGCAUUGGGUAUUUCUCUUGAGGGAUACCGGUUAGACUUGGUAGACAAGAUUCUUCGUGAUGCCAAGGGAAAAAGUGAUGAUGAGACACGUUCCCUUGUCGGCUAUGUACUCAGUGCUAUUACAACCACGAGCGAUAUUGCAUUAAAGACCAAAUGUCUCAGUCAGUUAGCAGAGAUUUUGCUUUCCCUUGCCAACCCUGAUUAUUUCCUCCUUACAAAGAUUGUUGUGCAGCUCAACGACUCGAAAUUAGUUUAUCGUGUUUUCAAAGGUCUUUUGGCCCUUCCAUCUAAUGCUUCUAUUGCUUAUCAAAUCGCAUUCGACCUCGUUGGUGCUGCAUCCCAACAGUUGCUAGCUCAAGUGACGGCUUCCAUUGAAGACACUGACACUUCUUCACAGGCCAACAACAUGCUCCUUAGAAUUCUUUCUGGAGUGCCAACUUGUGACUUGGACCUCACUUUUCUUUCUGAUAAUAAUGCUGCGGACUCUCAAAUUAUGACUGCUACCCGUAAGUCCUUAGAUGGUCGCAACUCCUUAUUCCAUUCUGCUGUGUCGUUCACCAAUGCAUUUAUGCAUGCCGGUACAACUGAUGACUCUUUCUUCCGUUCCAAUCUGGAGUGGCUAGGCAGAUCCUCUACAUGGUCCAAGUUCUCUGCCACUGCCGCUUUUGGUGUCAUUCACCGCGGUAAUCUUUCUCAAGGUCGUAACAUUCUUGAGCCUUAUCUGCCUGGUAGUACCUCGUCUCCUUAUACCAAUGGUGGAGCACUUUAUGGUUUGGGUCUUAUCUAUGCUGGCCAAGGCAAAGAAGUUCUAGACUAUCUUCGUAAACAGGUCGUGGACAAUUCUGAUAAUGCCGACAACAAAGAUGCAGAUGUCGUUCUUCACGGUGGUUGUCUUGGUACGGGUCUAGCCGCUAUGGGAUUGGCCGAUCCUCAGGUGUAUGAAGAGUUGAAGGCCGUGCUUUAUGCUGACUCGGCUAUUUCUGGUGAAUCCGCUGCUUUUGCAAUGGGAUUGGUUAUGCUAGGUUCUGGAAAUGCAGAAGCUCUUCAUGACAUGUUCACCUAUGCUCAGGAAACUCAACAUGAGACCAUUGUUCGUGGUUUAGUGGUUGGUAUCGCUUUGAUUUGCUGUGGUAAAGAGAAUGCUGCCGAACCAAUAAUCAAUAAGUUACUUCAGCACCAGGAUGCCAACUUACGUUACGGUGGCUGCUUUGCCUUGGCUCUUGCCUAUUGUGGUACAUCCAAUAAGACUGCUAUCCGUCGUUUGCUCCAUGUUGGUGUUUCCGACUCAUCCGAUAAUGUGCGCCGUGUUGCCGUUAUGGCUCUUGGUUUUGUCUUAUUGUUAGAUUAUCAGAACGUUCCUACCGUUGUGGAACUCUUAUCUCAAUCUCAUAAUGCACAUGUUAGGUAUGGCGCUGCCAUGGCACUUGGUAUCUCUUGUGCAGGCCGUGCUUUGCAAUCAGCUAUAGAUGUUCUAGAUCCACUUUCCAAAGACUCUGUGGAUUUCGUGCGUGAAGGUGCUACCAUAGCCAAAUCAAUGAUUUUAAUUCAGCAAACAGAGAAAACUUAUCCAAACAUCAAGGAAUUCCGAGAACAACUUGCAUCUACCGUAUCCAAUAAGCAUGAGGAGUCUCUUGCUCGUUUUGGUGCUGCUUUGGCUCAAGGUAUUCUUGAUGCCGGCGGACGUAACGUGACAAUUCAGCUUGAAAAUCACCAGACGAAUACUCUCAACACCAAGGCCAUUGUGGGUUUAGUCAUGUUUGUACAGUUUUGGUACUGGUUUCCACUAGCACACUUCUUAUCUCUUUCGUUUACCCCAACAGCUAUCAUUGGUGUGACUGAUCAUCUCAAGGUGCCGAAGUUGAAGAUCAAUUGUCACUGCCCUCCAGAUGUGUUUGGCUAUCCACCCAAAGUUGAGUCUCAAGUCAAGCAACAGACGGAGAAGGUUACUACAGCCGUGCUUUCUACAACUGCUAGAGCUAAAGCGCGUGCUGCUCUGAAGGCCAAAAAUAAAAAGGAUGAUGAUGAUGAUGAUGAUGAUGACAAGAUGGAUGUUGAUGAAAAGAAGGAAGAUACAGAUGAGAAGAAUGUUGAAGGCAAGAAGGAGGAGAAGAAAGGAGAUGAAGAGGAUAGAGCUAAGAAACCAUCCUUAUCUAAUGAGGAACUUCAGAGCCCAACGUUGCUUUCUCUGUACGUUCAGAAGCCUUAUCAGCUUGAUAAUAUGACUAGAGUGGUCCCUGCACAGCUUAAGUAUAUUACUUUCUCCAAAGACGAACGGUUUACUCCAGUGAGAAAGUUUAGAGGAAUCAGUGGUAUUGUUGUUUUGAAUGAUUCUAAACCUAGCCAGAAAUUUGAAAAGAUCAAGACUGUCAGGGAGAGAACCAAUACAGAUGCGCCAGUGCCAGAACCUUUUACCAUUGAUCCCGCUACUGAUAAGGGCUUGUUUGAGAUCCCUGAGGAUGAUCAAUAG